GUCAAUUUUGAAGUUUUUCGUAUUUCGAUACCGCCGCGCGCUGAUAACCGAUCAAGAAUAUAAUGGAAAUUCUUAAACUAUUUCUAUAUAUUUUAACGCUUAACAACUAAUGCAAUCUUUUAUCGCUAAAUUAAUGCAAUCCGAAUUCAAACCUAGUAAAUUAGUCUUAGAAUCAUUUUCAUAAUAUGAAUCAUAACCUCUAAAGAAAUUCGUUUUCGGUUAGAAGUUAAAAAAGGUCAAUAAAUAGACGGUUAAAAUGCAAAAACUGCAGGACAGUGUAUUUUCUAUUGUCAAAACAACAAAUUUGUCUCCCGCUGUGUUUAGUUUUCUGCAACCAACUGAGAAUUCAUCAGAUAAAACACCUCUUGGCGGAAUAUUGAAGGAUACUAAGCAUGGCUGGCUUGCUCUGGGUCCCAAAUUCUGUGUGGUUGAUCUUAGAACCGGAUUGAAGGUAGCUGCUCGAACUUUCGGCACCCAUUUAAGCAAUUGCAGCACAUUAGUAACCAGUGUAGUAGAACUGCCGCGGCCAUUAACCCCAAACUCUAUACAGUUGCUCAUCAGCUUACAAACAGAUGAUUCCGGAAUGAUCUGUGUGCUGCACAUCAAUGGCUCUCAAUUGUUACGCUGCAUACAAACCGAAGUGGUUGUUACGGAACUUGCGGUUUGUGAUCGGAUUCCUGAUGGACCGUUCACAUGCUUUGAUGGUGUGGUCAUGGCAGGGACGAAGAGUGGAGAGAUAUUUGCAUUUGAUCUCAAUAGAGCAAGCUUGAUACAAGCAUUAAAAGAUAUCUCUCAAGGAUAUGAACAGCACAUUCUAAAUGAAGCCAAUCCUGCCAACUUGAGCUUUUUACAACUCAAUGUAGUUACCAGAAUUAUAGAACAAAGAGAACUGGCCAUAGAAAAUGAUGACCACUUGGCUGUACUACUGAAUGAAACCUCCUUGGUUGAUGGUCAAUACAUAUUCCGUAACCCAGAUGGUACUGUACGCAUGAAAGCCAAAAGAGACCACAUUCGAGUUACAGUGUUACAAUACAUUCCACAAUUAGGCAGCCUGGCUGUCGGAUUUAAUUUCGGAGCUUUCCAAAUUUGGAAUAUUAUGACUUUAGAUUUGGAAUUCACUUCGCAAGUCAAUGUUGAGUGUUUGCCCGUCACGCAUUUUGGAUUCCAGGAGCCAUGUGAUGAUCCCCGAGCAUUUUGCUACCUAUGGGUGGUGUUCUCAGUGACUGAUCGCUUCGAAGAGGAAGAGUUUCCAUUAGCUGUGAUGUACUCACUAACUUACCAAGGAAAGAGAAUGCUGUCUGAUACUAAAUGUCUUUAUCAGGAGUUUUCAACAGCUACAAUAAGAUUUCAACUUGAGUUGAGCUCAGUCAAUGACAGUGCACUAUUGGGAGGCAAAUGCAUCUCGUGCCACUCUUACUCCGUCAACUCCUCUCUAGCAGCAGAAGGAGAAGAGAGUAUGUUGAACAUUUGUCAGAUAGUCUGGGAAUGUUGGGGCGAGAACGCUAACUCCUCGACGCAAUAUGGAAUGCUUCUGUUUGACUUGGACCAGUGGUACAAGGAUCAAAUGCCAGUGUCGUGGCGGCUGGAGAGCAGCGCGUUCCUGAGCGUGUCGUGCGUGAGCGCGCUGGCGGCGGGCGCGGCGGGCGGCGCGCUCACGCUGGACGUGCGCCUGGCGCCGCACGACCUCGCCGUCUACUCGCACGCCACGCGCCUCGAGGAACACUUCUACCCUAACUCGCUGCAGUACAACUGCAUCUGCCUCAACACGUCCGAGGCCUGUGUCCUCAGUACGAUUGGCAUCCAGCGUCAGAUCAUCAGCUCCAUCGACGAGGUGGGCCCCACCGCGCUGCUCAACCCGCCGCGACUCUACAACGCAUGUGUCGCGGCCGGCCUCACGCCGCUAUACGUGCACGCGUAUGCUAAUAAUCCUAAUCAGGAAGAACAACGCCGCUACUUGUUGUCGGUAGCUCUAGAAGCCCGGUUGUCGCGGUUCCUGAAGCGCUGCGCUCACGACUGGGCCACCGGCAGCCACAGCGGCGCCGGCUGUACACUAUCCUUCUUGGUUGAUUGGUGUUGGAAACGAGCUAUUGAAUUAAAAGAGAACGCCAAGGAUCUGACUGCGCCUUUAUUCGCUUCGUCAGCGUUACCAGAUAGGAAUGUCGUGAGGUCACUUGAGCACUGCGUACAACAAUUAACGCAAUUGACGGAUUUGUUGGACGCCAUUCUUACUAAAUGCUGUAAUCUCAUCGUUCCUGACGCGCUGAGUGAGAUCGAGGAGAAGCAGGUGUGCGUGGGCACGGUGUCGCUGUACCUGCAGGUGGUGCAGUGGUUCCUGCGCGUGGGGCUGCUGCCCGAGCGCGCCCGCGCCGCGCUGCCCUACCCCGCCGCGCAGCUGGCCGACUGCUACAGCAAGAGACGUCUCAAACUAAAUCGUUUACAAGACAACGCGCCUCCGGAUGAGAACGAAAGCAACAAGCCCUGCUCACUGUUGUACAUCGAUCAGCUGCUUGAACAAGAGUUUGGUGGGGAGAGGACUUAUCAGAUGUGGAUUAAUGGCGGCAGUGAGUGUAACGGUCUGUACCCGCCUCCCUCGCUGUACUCCUUACUACGGCUGUACCUCAUACCCGAUAUAGCUGAAGAACACAAACACUCGCUCGUUUUGUAUCUACUUGUGGAUUACUCUAUGGUGUAUGAUGAUGUUCGGUAUGAAGCAGUAAUUCGUCGUCUAAUGCAAUUCCCGACAAUGUUUGGUCUGAGCAAUACUGCUAUCAAGGCCACGCAGGCGUUCUGGCAUCUUGAUCACAGGGAUUUCGACUUCGCACUUGACCAACUCCAAUGCCUAACCGGCAACACACUAUCGGACUGGCAACACAACGUCGUACUAUCCACUCUCCUCGCUCAAAAGAAAACUCAGGCCGCCCUACAAUACUUGCACGUUCGUAAACCAGCGCCUAUACAGAACAUGCGCGACAAGGACGGCGAUGUCGCAACCUGUUCCAUUAGAGUGAACGACCAUGAUAAGUUGGAAGACUGGCAGUCGUGCUGCAAUUUGUAUUUGGCGAGAGGGCUGGUGUUCGAGGCAUUGGAUGUUAUAAGGAUGUGCGUUCAGAAUGCAGCGUCGCUAGAGGAUAAGACGUCGAUUUUGCAGUUCUUUUUUAAAGGUUGUCGGAACACAGGGAAUCUGGCUAAAAUAUUGCAAGUGACAAUGACUACGUUUGAAGAGGAGAUGUUUGUGAAGUAUCUCGAGGACUGCAAUGACCCUCACACCUCGGAUAUAUUAGUCAUGUAUUACUUGCAGCAGUCGAGAUACCUUGAAGCCGAAAGAUACAACAACAAAUUAAAGCACAACAAGCAGCGCAAUAAGGACGUGUCGACAUCAGUGGAGUCGCUCGUGGACAUGCUAGACAGGGACAGCGCUAGGGACGCCAUCGUGGAGGUGGUGUGCUCCUCCCUCCCGGCGAUAGCCAACACUGUCGCGCACUACGCGCUGGAUAGGAGUAAGGAUGUGGAGCCGCAUGUAAUUGUUCCAAAACCGAUGUCUGUAUUCGUGAAGGCGAAAUCACCUAAGAAUACUUUCACAUACAAAUCGUCAUUCAUUCAGGAUACAAUAGAGAACGCUAGCGAGACGUGGAUGAACAGGCCCAAGAUGCGCAGGGGCAUCAAACGCGCGCUUAACAUUGAAGACACGCCGUUCAUAUGCACGCCGAAGUUGAACAGGACGAGAAGCAUCAUAUCCGCGUCGUUGCCCAGCGAGGGCACGCCCCCGAAGCGCGCGCGCGUGUCGGGCGCCAGCCCCGCGCGCGGCUCGUACCGCGCGGGCGCGGCGCUGAGCCAGCAGAUGGCGGCGCUGCUGCACAUGCCCGAGCUGCACAGCCCGCGACACGCGCACUGCCAGCGCCCCGGCACGCCGCACAGCAUACUCAAGAUCCGCCGCAUGGCGGGUUCGGAGCGCGGGGCCCCGUCGCCGGCGGACUCGCGCUCGCUGUGCGACAGCGACGACGACCUGCUCGACACCGCCAGCAACCACACGCACUACAGCGACUCCACCAACAAACACCUUCGGUUUACGAUUCCGACCGCUUCCGAAGCUGGUUCAACUCCAUCACCGCCUACAAUCAACAUCGAAGGUCAACGUGAGAAAGAGAGGGAACGAUCGUCUUCCGCCGUAAGAGAAAAAGAGAUGGAACGAUCCGCUGCAGCGAUAAGAGAGAAAGAUAUGGAUAAUAUGUCGUCAGACAGUUUCGUUACUACAACUUCGCAUGCUGCUAAUGAAAACCCGGGUAUGGAGUCGCCGCCCAAAAAGUUACCCACGGAAGACUCAAUUAAGUCAAGAAAAUCUUUCAAGGAUACAGUGCGUGCUAGGCGUUCACUUUCAAUAUCAAUCAACAGCAGUCUAUCAGACGAUCCCAACACAUCUAUAGAGAGCAUCGCCGAUAUACCCAUCACUCUGAUCAACCCUCGCUACUCCGGCGAAAAGCGUCAAACAUACGUCGAACGGACAGAGUUACGUCCCGGCGGUGAUGACGUCAUGGAAGUCAAGGACACGAGUGUUGACGAAGUCGUGACGGAAAUAGCCGAGGAGAGGCGCGAAGUGCCGCGCACGCCCAAAGGCAGGAGGGGCAUCAGGGCGGCCAGCGGGGAGAGUACGCCCGUUAUGAAUAGAAGUCGAACCGGCACCCCUGAACGACAAGACUCACCUGUUACACCAAUGCACAUGAACAGAGCUACAAGGAGCAGGUCCCGCACCCCCGAGCUGAGCCCCCGCAGCUCGCCCCUAGCCCCCAUCCCGGAGCUGCCGCGCCAGGAGCGCGCCAGCGAGCCGCACGCCGCCAGGAACACGCUCAGCCUGCCCCGACAACUGCGGAGCCGAUCCCGCACACCGGAACGUAAAGAAAAAGGCGUGGCCGAGUCGCCUAAACUGGAAGCUAUCACAGAAUCACCUACAAAGUCUACUAAUACGGAGUCAUCUUCGUCUUCUUCGCCUACCCGACGUAGCUUGAGGAGCCGUUCUCGUACUCCAGAAAUAGAAAUAGUGCAAGAGCUUAUAGUAAAACCAUCCCCUCGCAGUCUUAGGAGUCGCUCUAAAACACCAGAGAAACUAAUGUCUCCUAAAACUGAACAUUCAACACGUUCCAAAAAGUCUCUAUCACGGAUUGUCCUGGAACACAAUACAUUCGCCAAAAAACAGGCUGAACAAAUGGAAACCGAAACAGCAGAGCCCGAAAGCGCGAUCGAAUGCACACCUAUGAAAACUUUCAAACAAGUAUCAAGCCUGUUAGACGUUACUCUAUCACCUAUAGUCAACAAAUCAGUAUUACAAAGUUCCUCAGACAGUACAAUCUUAGAAACAGCUGAGAAAGAGGCCAAAACAGAUAAAAGCGCAAUCGAAAACCUUAAACCACUCCCCGCGUUCACUACUUUACAAGAAACAUGUGUAGAAAAGUCAGUGCUACAUAGCUACGAAAGUAGUGUAGGCGAGACAUCGGUCAGUGUACGGGAAGAAAAGGUUGUAACCGAGAGCGUAUCAAAAGUGCUCAAGCCUCUACCAGCGUUCACGUUAAACGAAACGGAAUUCGAUAAGUCUGUGCUACGCAGCUACGAGAGCAGCGUAGCCGAGUCGUCUAGUCUACAAGAAGAUAAAACUAAACCAGAUGCGAAUGUAUCGAGACCUAUCGCAGCGUUUGUCAGUAUGAUCCAAACAGAUUUUGGAAAAUCCGUUCUUGGUAGUGCCCAAAGCAGUAUCGAUAAUUCUAAAAUGGAAGCUUCUAGUCUUAUAACCAAUGAUAGUGAUGUUGAAAUGGAUGAAAAGGCAGUUCAAGAGGAAAAGUCGGCGGCAGAGCAGAAGGAGAAGGAGCAGAUAGUUGAGAUCGCGAGGGAGAUUGAUGAGAUUCGAGAUAUGUCUGAUGAUGAUGACGAUGAUGAGGAUAAUACAGAUUCUUCGGGUGGUGAAGGUGAAGAUGAAGAGGAGGAAUCUGAGGUUGAAAGCUCAUUAUCAAGUGUGCAGAACCGCAAGUGUGAAAUCCGAAAACGUACUCCGAAAAAUAAUAUAAGCGAUGGUAAAAUCUGUACCAAAACACUUUCGACAAACCCUUCAGAAGAAGAGGUUAUCUCGAUUGUCGAUUCAGACGAAUCUAGUGAACAACUUGAAAUCGAUGAACAAGCUCUCAGAGACAUGGAAGCUAAAUCAGAACAACAAAAAAUAGAAAUUAUAAAUGCACAAGAAAAAAAUGAUAUAGCCGACAAAGUCGAAACUGAAAAGGAUGAAACUGAAGAACAAAAGGAUGAAAUAAAAACAAGCGAGGUUGAAAUUGAAAAUGCAAAGGAUGAAAUUCAAGUUAAGAAUGUUGAACCAGCUGAAAGUUUGAUAGAUAAUGUUACUGAUCCGUUAAAUCAGGGUAAUUUCUCCCUUUUAACUGAUGAUAAUUCUGCAAUAGAAUCUGAUAAGUCCGAUGUGAAUCUCAACUAUUCUAGUGAAAGUAAUAGAGUUGAUGUUAGCGAUGAAAAACCGAUUGAACCAGUUGAAACAGAACCUACACCAGUUGAAGAUAUUGAAAUUGUAGCUACAGUAGUCACAGUUACCACAACCGACAAACCGAUUGAAGAAUCUAUACCAACAGAAAGAAAAACUUCGAUAAGUGAAGUUGAUAGUCCUGUUGAAAGCCUUGUAGCUCCCGCAGCAGUCGAAAUUGUAGCUAUUAUAGAAACUGAACAAGAAACAAAGAAACAGAGCGAUGAAAUAAGCGACGUUCCAGACAAAACUAGUGAAAUUGUUGAAGUUCCUACAGCAGUAGAAGAAAAAGUACAAGAGGUUGAAAAAGAAAAAGCAACAGAACCAAUGGAAACACAAGAAACAAGUAAAAUAGAUACAGAAGAUACAGAAAAAGUCGAAAAACCAACACGAUCAAGGAAACGCGGCAAAUCAACAUCAUCAAACAAAUCUACCGAACAAGAAAUUGAAGUUGAAAUCAAACCGGCUACGCGAAAACGAUCACAGUCAAACGCUUCCAACAAAUCAGUAGAGCCAGAACAAAAAACGCCAGAGAAAACCGAAGGAACGCCGUCGAGACGACGCGCGAAGACACCCACAAGCGCUGACGUCAGAAAGAUCAUCACAAGACGAGUAUCUAGAGAAAUGUCUGAACGUUUAGACGAAUCGAAAGGUCUUGACGAGUCUAUCUCAACUCCAAAACGUCGCUCCACACGUUCCAGAAGCAAAAACAUAGAUGAUAAUGAAAGUGUAGCUUCAGAGAGUUCGGUUGUCUCGGGUAAGAGUAAGGCGAGCGAGGAUGCGGGCGACAGGGCUGUUAGAAAGGGACGGAAGUCGGUGUUGACGGCCAAGCCUGAACUGUCUGUGAUACCUGAGGUCACUGUUGAGGAAUCCUCGAAGAGUAACGCUGAAAAUGUUAUCAGUGAAUAUUCUAGUGCUAGAAGACUGACUCGCCACCAGAAGGCAGUACUAGAGUCCUGGUUAGAGCCGCAGACGCAGUCCCCUCGCCGCCGCGCGAGCACCACAUCGCGCACUUCUCGCUCGGUGGUCUCCGAGGCUGAAGACGACGACGCCUCCUCCACGCAUUCCGCCUUCGAUGUACAGCCUAUAGACAGGAUCAGUCUGCUGAAUAAGACUGAUUUUGAAGGCUCGCCGGACUUGGACGAGCUGCGGGCGGACCUGUCGCCGGAUUCGUUAGCAUCUGACGCUAGCAAGCAGAGAAGAUCGCGCCUCGGCAGAGCUGCUUCAGAAAACAAACCAGCGCCAAGAGCAGCGAAAAUUAACAGAAGAGUAUCUGUUGAUAUCGAGAGUUCAGACCGCGGGUCCCCGGUCCCCGGCGAAAGCCCCGCGCGCGGGCGUCGCAAGUCCUUCAACCGCGCCUGCGAGGCGCUGCACACGCCUAAAGGAAGGCGGGCUUCCACUGACCUCAGGCAGAAGGGCUCGCUGGACAGCCCGAGCGUGUCCCCCGCGGUGUCGGAGAGCGAGGCGGCGCCGCCCGCGCGCCGCUCGCGCCGCGCCGCCUCCAGCGCGUCCGCCACCAGCGGCGCCGCCGACAGCGGCAAGAGGUCCAAGAAAACUACUUAAGAUGGCAAUUAGGAUACAAAGAAAAAGUAGUUCAAAUACUUAAGUUAUUUUUAUAUUUAUAGUGAAAGUUAUAGUUUUCAGUUUCGUUUUUGCAUUUAUAUCAUAAUAAAACAGAUACCAAUAA